AUGCCAUUCAGAAUUUGGAGAAAUAACCCUCUUUCUUCAAGAAGGGACCUCUUUUUUGCCUUUGAUGAACUCUUCGAGCCUUUACUACCCACAUUUCUGGAAGGUGGGGCAAGAGUAAGAAUCAGCGAGACUGGAUCAGCUUGUCUGGAAGCAGCUGCUGAGUUCGAAGGGUACCUGAGACCUUUAUGGGGAAUAGUACCCUACCAGUUUGGUGGUGGAGACUUCAAAUAUUGGGAAUUGUAUCGACGAGGUUUGGUCAAUGGCACUGAUCCACAAAGUGAUGAGUAUUGGGGAGAUCCAAAAGAUUACGAUCAAUUGCUUGUAGACUUAGCUGCCAUUGGCUAUGCGUUAUGUUUUUUGCCCCAGCAUAUGUGGGAACCACUUCUGGAUACAGACAAGUCUAAGGUAGCUGAUUACCUUGUCCGGGCUAGAGCAAAGUCGUACUGCUUUAACAACUGGAUGUUCUUCAGAGUAAUUCUAGAUUUGGGUUUAACUAAUGUUGGAGUGAAGUAUGACGAAGAAGGUACUAUGACAUAUCUCGACAGCUUGGACAGUUUAUACUUAGCAGAUGGAUGGUAUGGCGAUGGGAAACCCCAUAGAAUUGAUAACUAUAAUGCUUUAGCAUUCCAUUUCUACAGUCUUAUUUAUGUUUUGCUUAUGAAAGAAAAAGAACCAGAAAGGUGCAAGCUUUACGUGGACCGUGCUACUCUCUUCGCUCAGCAAUACAUUCAUUGGUUCGAUGAUACGGGCAGUGUACUUCCAUUUGGAAGAUCUUUAAUUUACCGAUUUGCAACUGCUGGCUUCUGGGGAUUAUUCCCAUUAGUUUUAGAUUGCAGUGAAAAACCUCCAAUUUCUUGGAGUGUGAUGAAAACCGUCUUUCUCAAGAAUCUUCAAUGGUGGUCCACUCAGCCAUUGAACGAAUAUGGAAGUGGAUUCCUUUCGCUAGGGUACUCGUAUCCAAAUUUCUACAUGAUGGAGAGAUACAACUCGCCCCAAUCACCAUAUUGGGCAUUCAAGGCUUUCAGUGGUCUAAUGAUUCCCGAUGAACAUCCGUUCUGGCAAGCCGAGUUUACUGAUCUUACCAAAUACUACGCCCCCCUCAAACUAAAACGAUUGGGUGUCACGGGGAUUGUGAUAGACCACCAACCAGAGAAUACCAUUGCGCUUAUCAAUGGACCUUGGAACGAUGAAUAUCAGGCUGAAAAGUACUCGAAGUUUGCCUAUUCCACCAGAUUUGGAUUUGGGGUGAUAAGUAACUCUCGUACCUUCGAAAAAGCACAUUUGGAUAACUCCUUAGGUUUUAGUUUCAACAAAGAAGAGUUUUUUGUCAGGCAGAAGUACAAAGCAUAUGAAGUUUCCGACUACUUAUUGUCUACAUGGGAGCCAACAAAAGAUAUCAAGGUUGAAUCAUGGACAAUUCCAAAAGAUGGUUACCACUUACGUCUCCACUUCGUUGACAACCAGACAUCCCAAUUAGUUUAUACCCGAGAAGGUGGAUUUGCAAUUCCAAUUAGCAAAAAAAAAGUGUCAAAUCAAAUUCAGAUGAAUGUUGCUAUGGUGUCUACAGAUACAGAUCACAGUGAGGUAAUAGGUUUAGAAGGGAAAAGAGACGUAGACAUUUGUGAUCCCGAACCAAACACCAACGUUCUCUUUUCUAAGGUUAAACUUCCUGUUCUAUGUGGGACUAUACAGCCAAAGUCUCGAGUCAGGUACGCUUGUUUGGCGUUUGCCCAGUCUGGAAAGUUUAAAAAGCCUGAUUUCGACUUAACAGCGCCCCUGACUAAAGAGUUGGAAGAGUUGAGGUAUACAGCCAACAGAGUUGUUUGUAAUAGGUCUAAAUGGUAA